AACCAUCAUCCAAGUGUGUAUACAUUGAAGAUCCCAAUCAGCCAAAUAAACACUCUCACCUCUGUCUAUCUUCGACCACUAGUCUGCGCUUAGACGGUGGGAGGACAUAGAUAUGGCAGCUAUCACCUCCUGCGGUGUCAUUUUGAAGGUGGCCGGCAACUCCCAACAGCACCCGCCACCGUAUGCUACUGUUUGUCCGCCUACUUCUGCCUCUGCUAAUUCCUCUAAGCUCUUCUCAUCCCAAUUGUCAUUUUCUUCUAGUAAUUCUUGCCUUUCUCUUCGUUCCAAUCAAACCCUGCUCUCACCUCGUCUCGCGAAAUCUUCUAGUCCAGCUCUGAUUGUUGCAUCAGCGAAACCAGAACCCUUGAAAAUAAUGAUAUCAGGAGCUCCUGCUUCUGGUAAAGGUACUCAAUGUGAGCUCAUCACUAAGAAAUAUGGUUUGGUGCACGUUGCGGCUGGAGACCUGUUGAGAGCUGAAAUUGCUUCAGGAAGUGAAAAUGGGAAGAGAGCAAAAGAAUACAUGGAAAAAGGCCAACUGGUCCCAAAUGAAAUUGUAGUCGUGAUGGUGAAGGAGCGUUUGUUGCAGCCAGAUGCUCAAGAAAAUGGUUGGCUUUUGGAUGGAUACCCUAGGAGCUUGUUACAAGCAACAGCUUUUAUGGAAUUUGAUUUCCAGCCUGAUCUUUUCAUUCUCCUAGAAGUCCCUGAAGAGCUUCUUGUUGAAAGGGUGGUUGGACGUAGGUUAGACCCUGUUACUGGAAGGAUAUACCACUUGAAGUAUUCUCCUCCUGAGAGUGAAGAAAUUGCUGCUAGGCUCACCCAACGUUUUGAUGAUACUGAAGAGAAGGCAUGCCUUAAACUGGUGAAGUUGCGAUUGCGCACUCAUCAUCAAAAUGUGGAGGCAGUACUUUCAAUUUAUAAAGAUGUUACAUUAAAGGUCGAUGGAAGUGUUUCAAAAGAGGAAGUGUUUGCCCAAAUUGACAGUGCUUUAACAAAAUUACUUGACAGGAAAGCAACUUUAGGAUCUCUGGCUGCAUAGUUCUGGAAGACGAAUAGGUGGAAUAUUGCAUAGGGAUCUAGUAACAAAAUAGCAUGGUUGUUAGCCAUUAUUAUUAUUAUUCUUUGAAGCUAACCUGUUGCCAUUUAAAUUUCAUUCAAAUAAAAUGUAAAUAACACAAUGCAAAUUUCUGAGGUUUUCUUCGUCUGCGGAGAACCAUGAGUAUAAACUGCAAGCUUAAAAGCCUCAUGCAAUUUUAUUCUGUAGAAGAGAUGUUAUCGAGCGAAAGGCAUUGCAUUUUUU